AUGAAGCUCCUCCUCAUCUCCCUCCUCGUCUUGGGGCGCGUCACGCUCGCUUUUGAGAAACCCUUCAUUCCUCUCAACUGGACGACGCUCGCCGCCUGCGCCGUCGACGACGCCACCCGCAUCCUCGCCGGCGACGUCACGACCGUGUCCCCCACCAACACCCCCGCGGAGUGCGUCUCCUCCUGCGCCGCCGCCGGCUUCGGCUACGCCGGCGUCGAGUUCGGGAACGAAUGCCACUGCGGCACCGGCUUCGACGAGGCGCUCGUCGCCGCCCCGCCCGACGGCUGCAACAUGGCGUGCGCCGGCGACGAGACGCUCGCGUGCGGUGGGCCGUGGGGCAUCCAGGUCUACACCUUCCCCGCGCUCCGCCCGGGCGCGUGGACGUACCUCGGCUGCACGGUCGACACGGGCGCGGCGCCCGCGUUCGUGGACGCGGCGCUCCAGGAGCCGUUCGCAUCGACGCUCGACGCGGUGAACCAGUGCCUGCAGGCGUGCGCGCGCGGGGGCUUCGCGUUCGCGGGCGUGGAGGACGCGGGGAACUGCCAGUGCAGCGGCGCGGGGGUCGCGGCGGGCGCGGCCGCCGCCGCGGAGGCGGAGUGCGACUCGCUCUGCCCGCUCCCGGGGGACGCGGGCUUCGAGUUCUGUGGGGGGGUGGACAGGCUGGCGGUGUACAAGCUGACCGGAUGA